AUGUACUUCACACUAGUGCAACGAGAGAUCCAGAGGCUCCAGGAUGAACAGGAAGAGCUUUUACGCAGUCUCAGAGUCACUGAGAGUCCUUGUAACCGUCAGAAUGAUGUUAGUGUUGUUGAAGAUCUUACUGCCAUGUUGGCCUGUGAAGACAGAAUAGACAAGGAGCUGGAAGAAGAAAAAGGAAAAGUAGCAUCUUUGAAAGAUCAGAUUUUGGAAUGGGAGAGGAAGUUGGCUGGACAGAGAGGGGGAACUGCACACCGCAGUUGUAAAUCUGACAACAGCUGCUUGCUAAAAACCACCUGCUCAAUGGAAAACAAACUGGACAGGGGUCGCAAACGCUUCAAUCAGCUGAUGACCAGGAAUGGACAGUUGAGGGAGGAUCUGAAGAUACUGCAGGAGGAGAAGAAACACUUCCUACGUGUUAAAUCUCAUCUAGAAAAUGAGCUGCAUGCAAUUCACAAGGAUGUUUGUAAACUGAGUUCUGAGUGCACUGAAGCCUUCAAUACCAGUGUGAAGAUCCACGAAAAACAAAAGAUGCUGAGUGACCAGAAUGAUAAGGAAGUGGCUCAGUACAUGAAAGAAAGGGGAAAACUGGAGCGAGAAGUCUCCCAUUACUCUAACUGUGAGGUUUUUAUGGACAUAAAGGCCUCUGCACGUAUCAACCAGGACGUGGACCACGGAAAAGUGGAGCAGCACAAGCGACUGGAAUUGAAGGAAUGGGGACUGGAAGAUUUUGAGGAUGCAAUCAAAACAAUCCUCAGGGUGACAGGUGAAAGUGACCUGGACAAACUGGUCAGGAACUUCAUAUAUAUGGAGGAGCAGAACUACACUUUACUGAAAUUCGUCAACCAUCAGCACAAUGAAGCACAGACCAUUGAAAGGCAGAUAUCUGAGUUUUGCAAUGAGAUGGAGAUCUUUGUGGCUGAGAACCAGCGGCAGCUUGAGCAGCAUCAGUCUCUUCAGAGGACAGUUUUCAUCAAGCAAGAGGCUGUUGAGCAACAGCUGACAGUUUAUCUACAGCGUGUCGAGUUCAUGGAAAAGCUCCUAGAUCAGCUCAAAAAAGGUGUUCAAUCAUUGCUUCAGAUCAGCUAUGACAGCUCAGAGAUCCGCGAUGAGCUGAGCUCCUCUGAUGGAGUCCAGGAUGAAAAUAUCGCAGAGUACCUGAGGAUGGUGGAGGACAGAACCAAUGAGCUUCUUACUCUGCGCUCCUAUCUUCUUUUCCAGGAAGACCUUAGCCAGUGGGACACUGACAAUGAGAUUGCCGGGCAGCUCCUGGGGAUAAACCCCCCAGCUGUCAACCUGACCACAGCAGCUACAACCCCUGCACCUGAGUAG